UGUAAUUAUUGCACAUUGCUUUGCAAAUGUGAGACUCUGACUCUGUGCAACAAGGGGAAAGACAAAGACAGAUCGAGCAAGAGCAAGCGGAUCUUCUAACUCGCAGGCCGAGCCUACUUCCUCUUCACUCACGUUUGUACUUGGAAACCCAGCAGUCUGUGAACUUCUCUACCAGCACCAAAACGCAUAAAUGCAAAACGUCUGGACAUUGAGGCUGUUAGGAGUGGCAAUGCGUCCCUGGCAUUGUAUGCUGACCAUUGCUGGCCUUGUGAUCACACUGACAUGCAAUGAAUCCUUUGCUGCAGUGAUCAUUAAUGGGCAAGAGGCUCAUCCCCACUCCAGACCUUACAUGGCUUCUGUGCAGAUCAAUGAGAAGCACAAGUGUGGCGGAUUCCUGAUAGACAAGUAUUUUGUGAUGACAGCAGCCCACUGUAGAGAUAAGAAUAGGACACUCACCGUCGUCCUGGGAGCUCAUAGACUCAGCAAGAUUCAACCUCAGUGGCGUUUCUCAGUGGAGGACUACUACCCUCACCCAAAUUACCAAAGAAGAAAGUACGAAAAUGACAUCAUGUUGUUGAAGCUAGUAAAGCCAGCAGUGAAGAUCCAGGAUGUGAAAGAAAUUAAACUGGCAAAGACAGACAAGAAUGGUAAGCCAGGGAGCUUAUGUGAGGUGUCCGGCUGGGGGGCAACUCCAUCAAGUCGCCCAUCCACUGAAAGGUUACAGGUGGCCAACGUGACAGUGAUAGAUGAAAAAAAGUGUCGGCACUACUGGAAAGAACACUACCUACCUAAUGUCUUGUGUACAGGAGGCACUAAGAGAAGUGGAGGCUUCUGUCAGGGUGACUCAGGCGGGCCCUUAGUUUGCCAAAAUCUUGCAGUGGGAGUUGUGUCUUUCCGCCAUGGCAAGAAUUGUGAUAAUCCAGAGACACCAAAUGUAUAUACCAAGAUUUCCAGAUACUUAAAGUGGAUUCAGAAAACCAUAAAACAAUUCUGAGCUGAAUGAAGGUAGAAUGUUUGCUGCAUGAACUGCAAUAAUCCAAAAAAUAACAAAAAAAAAAAGAAGAAAAAAUAAAGCAGCGAUUGUUGUGUGAUUGUCAAACACUGGUCUAUAAUCAUCAACACAAGUGUCUUUCAUGCUUUCUGCUUUCAUGUCUGUUAAUCCAUCCUGUUGAAUAAAGUCCUGCAGAAUCUGA